UUCGCAAUGGCUUUCUGCUGCUGAGAAUGCUCUGCUGCUUUUGUUUUUUGUUUGUGAAACACUCAAGACAGGCGACAUUUUAUUUAUUUUUUAAAUAAAAUUCUUGUAAAGUACGUUUUGCUACCUGAUUUUGAAUUUGCAGGCAGUAUGCACUCGCUGAUAGUGCGUAUCCCGUCCUUCAGAUAUGAGGACAGUGCCAUGGAGAAAGGAUAUACGGUAUUUAAAAUUGAGGUGCUGACAAGUGGAAGACAGCACUCCAUUGAGAAACGCUACAGUGAAUUCCACUCACUACAUAAAAAGCUGAAGAAGUUUAUAAAAGCACCUGAUCUUCCCUCCAAGCAUGUGAGAAACUGGGUUCCCAAAGUGCUGGAGCACCGAAGACUUGGGCUGGAAAUAUACCUGCAGACAAUAAUUAUGGAGAAUGAAGUUCUGCCAAAGAUAUUCCUUGAAUUUUUAAAUAUCCGUCACUUUGCUUCAUUACCAAAAACAGAGAGUUGUGGAUCCUUUGAUGAAACUGAAUCAGAAGAAUCAAGUAAACUGUCCCACCAGCCCGUGCUUCUUUUCCUGAGGGAUCCAUAUGUCUUGCCUGCAGCCGAUGAUACUUUUCCAAAUGUAGUUAUAGAAGGAGUUGUUCAUGGGAUGUUUUACUCUCACAUUCAGCCAUGGUGGACAAAGCAAUAAUGGAGAAAAUGGACAGUUUUGCAGAAAUAACUGGUGAAAAAAGGGAUCCAGAAGAUAACAAAAAUGGGUUUUACAAUACCAGCAAAAUGUAGUUUUAUAGAUAUUACCAAUUAAUGCACUAUGUAAUAAUACUUACUAGUGAUGGAAUCGGUGAUAAACAAGCUGUUCAUUUAGAGGCUUCAUUUUUGUAAAGCAACUGCACACUGUAUUGGAGAAUGUUCUCUAUUAAGGAUUUUUUUACAUGGGCACUAACUACAUGAACUCACAAACCUGUGAUAAAACCUAUUUUGUACAUGUAACUAAAUGAACCGACACUUUAAAAUACUGAAAUACUAUCAUCACCUACACUACUUUUUGAGAUUGCAUUGCUCAUCAUUGCAUCCUCUGUUUAACAUACUUAUGGUAUUUACCUACUUCUGACUGGUGCAGUGUCCUUUGAAAAAGGAAGUACAGUACUGUAGAUGGGACAGUCAGCAAGUAAAAAUAAACUGUUUGUUGAAUUAUUUAAAUGAUCAAAGAUGUGCAUUUAGUCUACAUAUGUUAAUCUUUUUUUUGUUUUUCUAUUAUAUAUUCAAAUUAUGUUUGUGUUAAAAAAAAAAAAAGUGAUGUAUUGCUGCUUUUAAGGUUGAAAAAACACCCAUGAAAAUACACACCUUUAUGUAAGUUAUGUCUUGAACCGUUCUUUUACAUUUGUUACUGUGCUGUUUCCAGUCGAAUGAAAUGUAUCCUGUGAUCUAUUUGACUUGUCUAUACUGAGAACGCAUGUUACAGAACUGGAUUACAACCCAAAAAGGGAGGUCAAAUAUUGUCUUCCACUUUAACUAAUCCAUUUCAGCUGUAUCUUCCCUCCCGUUCGGUAAAUAUUCUAUCGCCAGCUUUGUUUGGUUUGAGACAAUAAAAAACACCUUGAAGCAUGUUGUUGGUAUCAAGAGAAAGCCAGCUCAUGAUCCUGUGAUUACACUAUGUAACACAAUUUUUGUUCCUGGGUAGUAAGUGUUAUUUCCUAAUUGCUUAU